AUGAAAAGACUACCAUUUACCCUUUUUUUAACACAUAAGUGGACGCGAAUAGUUCCGUCUAACAUCGCGAUUAGAUUAGCCAAGCCGAAAGCUUGUUACAAUCCUGCGAAUUCCACCAUGCUCUCCGGGUUUUCCGGGCUGGUUUCUCGACUGGAAGGGUCAGAAGAGACGCUCAAAGGAUCAAAUUCUGGAGAAGGAGAUGGCGGUGCCGGAGGAGGCAUACAGAAAGGGGGGUUGCAGAGAGGAGGGUUGCAGCCGGCAGGAGGGCUGGGAGGAGAACGAUUGCUCUUUAAGGCCCCGGCCGAGCGAAAAUCUGUUUUGGGUCUGGACGCGCUCGCCCGAGCCAAGCGAGCAGCCGCGGGAAUCCCUGAGAAACCGCCGGUUACUGUAGCAGCGGCAAGAUUCGCGGAAGAGGGGGAGGAUGAGGGGGAGAAGGCGGGGGGCGAGGGGAAGGCGGGAGGAAGCGGAAAAUGGGUAGCGGACGGAGUCGCAGGGGGAGGGGGGAAAGGGGAUGGAGAGGGAGGGGGAGGAGGGAGUGCGGGGGACAAGAGCGGUGGAGGGGGGAGCAAGGAGAGGCGACGGUAUCGUGUGGCGCGGGGUGAUGAUACGCCCACACACGUGUCAACGGUUACAGACCUCUCAGGCGCCCCCUCACACGCGGACAGAGAUACACGAGCGGACACAGCUGCUGGCGCACGCGAGGCUGACGAGGCAAGCCGAGGCGCUAAAAGAACGCGAGUGGAGCCUGCUGACGUGGCAAAUGGUGCUGCUGACAGGGCAGGCUCUGCUAGUUUGGUGACCAAUGGAGGAGGUGGGUGGGUGUCAGUCAAGAAAGGAGGUUGA